AGUCGCAUUUACGGCAAGCAGCAGUUCUUCCACUUUUCUGGCGGCUGAAAGAAGCGCUUUGAUUGCAAGUGCAUCUUAGUGCACCAAGAAGACUGCGAUGUUCUUGUGAAAACGGGAGUAAGCACUUUUUAGUUCACGUCCUGUCACUAAUCCAAGCAACGCGAAAAUGAUGAUGCUGCGGGCCCAGGAAUCCCAACAGUCCUUCAUUUCAGCAAGACAGCACCGAAUGGUGACGUGCUUUCGCCGGAAGAUGCGCAUAUGUUUUGAUGUUUUUUUUUUGUUUUUGUUUUUAAGAAAGUGGAUUUGGUGACAGCAGAAGUGAAGUGCUUCAAAACAGAAAACGACUACUUUAACUCGGAGCUAUGCCGCUGCACAAGAGUGUAGCAGGCACUUCGUCCUUAUCUAAUGGGACACGCCCAUUUUUCUCUUCUAUUGCUGCGGCAAACGCAGCCGUCCACCAGCUAUGACGAGCACGGCAGCCCAAGAACGCCUGACUGUCUCCGUUUCCCGAUAACCUCGUUCGUGGAAAAUUCCAGCCAAAUGCAUGGACGCAAAGUGCACCAGUGCUUCUGACAACGCGAACUCUGAUGCUGACGGCGAUGAGGCGAGGUCGUUGCAAACCCCCAGGGACGGGUUCACACCAUGGAAAUCCAGGCGCCAGAACAAGCUUCUAAGGGAACUUCUAAAUAAUGCAAGGGUCUAUUUACCGGCGGCACGUGAAGCCUUGCGGUGAAGUACGCCCCUAAUAGCCUGUCGUGGAUGACGCGGGGCGUUUUACCAGGAUAUGAAGAGGAAACCCUGUCCUGUCACAGCCUGCAAAGGAACCAGACGCUGCACCAUCGUACGUCUGCAACGUGUAGUCGUACAAAGGCUCAAUUCUGACGUCUAAGUACCCUCGCAUCCGGCAUUUGGGCUGUAAUUGGCUGAAAAUUGUAGCUGACGUUCGUACUACUACAGGUAUGGGUGCUGGCAGCAUACCGAUAGACUGCAGCAGAAGUGAUAGUUUGGCGAGUUGAAGCAGAUAACAAGAUUCUGCAGCUUGGGCCAAAGUUCGCACUGGAACCAGCGCUGUGUCCACCCCCGAAUCUGGCAGCAUUGAGAGCCGUCUCCCGACUGGUUCCUGCGGAAGAACGUAAAAGGCGGUAUUAGUCAUGGCGCUGACGACUGCCUUUCUGGCCCUACAGGAUCCCAAGGCAUUAGUUCAGGCGCAUGCGCACCGAGCACGAGAGGUGCAGACGUACGUGGUCAUCCACCACCCGCCGGUCAAGGUGGCACAAGGCGCCACCGCCGCCCCUGGAGCUGCAGCUGGCACUCCGAGAGGUCAUCACGCAGCCGCCUCCUCGAUUAGCACUUCGUACGGCUACCAGCUCCACAGGGAGACGAACCACCACGUGCCGGUGCUCAUCACGACGGGACACAUUCCCGCAUUUGCCCGGGUGCCAGGGCACAAGACGUACGUCACAGUGCAGCAUCUGCACCACGCCGUUCACCACCACCACCGACCACUGGUGCUUCUGCCGCCACAGCCUCACCUGCCGGUGCACCACAGGAGGCGCGAGCGACUCACGGCUCAGAGCUCGAGCUUCCGCCAAAAGCACAACGCGUACGUGCGCCUGCCGGACUACACGGCCUACCUCGGCCGUAAUGCCGCGCUGAGUCUGGAAGAGGACACGCUGGCCGAAGCCGAAGCCGAGCCGACCCUCAAGGUGUACAAGGCAGACGCCGAAUACCCGCCACUCAACUUGCGCAACCGGAGGAAGCUCUACUCCCUCGGAUACAUCUACAUGCUCGACUUCCUCGAGAACCCAUACCUUAAGCGCUGAACGUAUACUUGUUGUGUACGAGUGCAUCGACUGCCAAGAAGUUCUGCGAGCGCAACAUGCGUUGAACGCACAGGGUGCCUCUGCUGCCUAUGGCAGAUUUGUGCGAAUACUCUCGCGAUAAGGCAGGUCAUGAGCCAUCGAUCUAUCGCGCGCGACACCAGCGGGCGUUUCCUUCGCGGUGACGCGCACCCGUCAUAUCCCGCGUGUCAAUUUAAAUGAAAGGGCCAAUUGUGCAUGAUUCUUCCGACUGUAAAUCACGGUAUACUGUUCGCGUUCGAAUUUCGCUCCUGAGAUGGUAUUUUGUGGCUCAUUCAGUGUAACAUCCUGUUUGGGCGCAUUACACUAGCCUGUUUUGUCCAGAAUAAACUGGAACUACGCGUCUUCAUGCAAUGCCAUCGUCAGUCAUAAAAUGUAAAAUUGACGGGGCCCGCAACGAUGGUGCCUUCUGUGAACAUGGUACUUGCGUUGUUUUGCCAUUCCAGUGCGAGAUGGCAGCACCGUCACGCUCCCGCAGAUUAGACAUGUAUUUAUUUCUAUUUAUUUAUUUUUUGUCAGCCGUUGCCGUAGACGAGGCAUGCCCAUUUCUUCUGAUUUAAGCACGCAACUAUAAUGGACAGAAACAUGACAUCAAACUGCAUGGAUCCUGAAGUGCUACUGCCUCUAUCAGAAAAUUUGAGUUGGAGCGAGCCUGUACUAUAGCUUAGCCGGGAGAAUCACGCAUACUUGUCGCUCAUAUAUUUACGCAUAAUUCAACACAAUUCUUGUACUAUACACUGGAUGACACAGCAGUAUUCGCUGCGAUGUCGGCUUCCAAACAUUUCACGCGCAAUGUUGUUUUACUAUUACUCGUGUACACUAUUUCAACUUAUUCUGCUUCCAUUGACAUCGUCGGUGGGGUUUGCCAUUGAGGAAUCUCACAUCUCGCACAUCGGCUUGUAAAUUCUAAGAUUACAGCCUCGGUAAAUAUUUUAUCAUGAUAGUAGUAUAAUGUAUCGGUAUUAUGUGCAAAUGUUAGUAGUUACUCUAAGGUAUCUUUAAUAAGCUUUCAAAGUUAAAUACAUGCGCACUUUUCUCAAGUUCACAUUCUCACAAUACAUGGACCUUGACGUUAACUUCGGCUCAAACGCUUUACGUAAACGAUACUGGCCCAUUGUAACCAUUGGUCAUAUCAUACGACCCGCCGUAUCGCUUCAUUAGUUGCGCACUACAGGUCAAUCCCGCAAGGCUGUGUUUGCUCGACACAUAUCACAGGAGUCCUGUCAGGAGCUGACACGCCAACACGCAACGACAUGUUUCUCGCACAGCGAUGUUUGAAUAUUCGAACACGGCGAAGAAAGGUUGGGGGGUUUCGGCUGAGACACUGGUUGCCACCUCGUUGCUUGGCCCAGCAAGGCGAAUAUCACUGCCAGUGAAUCAAAGUAUUCUCCACAGUCGUGAAAUAAAACCUGUGCAUUACAUCGUUUACUCCAGAGUUAUUUCCAUGAAUGCAUAUAGUCAAUCAUUUCUUACAGGCAACAGGAACAAAUUACUGCACUUACGACAUCUAGGACAAGCGAACACGUAGGCGUGCCAAAUUGAGGUAUUUGUUGAUUGUUGACGCCGAAAUUUCGAGGUCUGUAAAGCGUUACGGCCGUCACGCUAAACUUACGAAACUUUCGACUGCAAGGCUGCGAACGCGUGACCAGACCUGACGCCCGUGACCAUGGAGUAUUCAUCCCACGACUUCAUAAGGACUUUAUAGCUGCCGAAGACGACGGUAACGUCUUCGUCCUUCUCCAUGGCUUAACUUACACCAGAAAUGCCGCAAGGACACCACCAGAAGCACGAUCGGCAGCUUUGUUCAGACACACACCUUUACGUAAACUUCAGGAUAAGGCUGCGUCUUUCUGCUCACCAACAUAAGCACGUUGCCCACCUGGUAUACAGUUCUCGAGAACGCCAAUAGCAAGACAGGCGCACCGCUAUUGUGGACCUGCUCCCUCGCACGUGAUCCGUAACGGAGCGGAGGAUGUUGUAACUUGUUGCGUCGAUUACUUUUUCUUCGCCUGGACUUAUUGGUGAUAUUUAUGUGCCCGUGACCAACCUUUCUAGGUAUUACAUCACU